AUGAAGAAGGGCGGCGGCUGCGGGUGCCUUGGCGCGGCGAUGCGCGCGCUGUCGCGGGCGUGCGACUCGGCCUGCGACCUCUACGUGCGCGGCAUGUCCGGGUGCGCGCGCGGUCUGCCGUCCGGGUCGUCCGCGGGCAUCGUGGGGCGCGGCUUCGGCGGCUCCGGCGCCGCGUCCCUGCGCCUCCGAGUCAGCUCGGACAAGGCCGACGACCUUCUCCGCGCCGCGGCCGCGUCCAGCAGGUGCCAGCGCCGCGUCGCGGCCGAGCCGGCGACGGCGGAGGCCGUCGGCUACGGGGCCGGUAAGAUGCUGGGCAGCGCCGGAGGCCAUGUCGGCUGGGCGGUGCCGGCCGUCAGGGCCCCCUCGCGGAAGAGGGCCGUGGCGGCGACCAUGGACACCAUCGCCGAGGACGCGCCGUGCGAGUUCGGCCCAGACGGCGGCGCCUGCGCUGUCUCCUCGAUGAAGCCGUCGCGCCGCGGGGGUUUCGGCGCCGUCAAGGCGGGGAGCGACGACGUCUUUGCACGCUGA